AGUCGCCAUUUUGAGAGUGUAUAUGAGGCGGUCGCAUUGACUUCCUCAGUUAUUGCGGCGCCUCCUCUCAGAACCGGGUGGUUGUUGUGUGUGCCAUGGAAGGUAUUGUUCAAGAUAUAACAGUUGGUACAAAGCGGGGAUCUGACGAACUUUUCUCUUGCGUUACUAACGGACCCUUUAUCAUGAGCAACUCUGCUUCUGCAGCAAAUGGAAGUGACAGCAAGAAAUUUAAGGGAGACAACCGAUCUGUAAGUGUUGGCUCUAGAGUGAUUCAUGUUAGACAGCUUCCAGGAGAUGUUACUGAAGCUGAAGUUAUAUCUCUUGGCCUUCCAUUUGGAAAAGUCACCAAUUUAUUGAUGCUAAAGGGCAAAAAUCAGGCUUUUCUAGAGAUGAGUACGGAGGAGGCUGCAAACACCAUGGUGAAUUACUUUGCUACAGUUACACCUGUGCUCAGAAGUCAGCCAAUCUAUAUCCAAUUUUCAAAUCACAAAGAACUGAAGACUGAUAACUCUCCUAAUCAAGCUCGAGCGCAAGCAGCUCUGCUUGCUGUGAAUUCUGUCCAAUCUGGAAAUGUUGCACUGUCUGCCUCGGCUGCUGCUGUGGAUGCUGGCAUGGCUAUAUCAGGACAGAGCCCAGUUCUCAGGAUAAUUGUGGAAAACCUUUUCUACCCAGUUACUCUUGAUGUCUUGCAACAGAUUUUUUCCAAAUUUGGAACAGUUCUGAAGAUUAUUACGUUUACAAAGAACAAUCAGUUUCAGGCACUUCUUCAGUAUUCUGAUCCCAUGUGUGCCCAACAUGCCAAACUGGCUCUUGAUGGACAGAAUAUUUAUAAUGCUUGCUGUACACUGCGUAUUGACUUCUCCAAGCUCACCAGCCUCAACGUAAAGUACAAUAAUGACAAAAGUCGGGAUUACACUCGGCCAGAUCUUCCUUCUGGUGAUGGACAGCCCACUUUGGAUCAAACCAUUGCAGCCUUUGGAGCUCCAGGGCUGAUAUCUGCAAAUCCGUAUGCAAGUGCUGGUUUUCCACCAGCUUUUGCAAUCCAACAAGGUAUCCAUGGACUUACACCUCUUUCUCUUCCGUCUGCCGGUAGACUUGGCAUUCCAGGGUUGGCAAUGCCUGGAAACGCUGUUCUUCUCAUCAGCAACCUUAAUCCAGAGAGAGUCACACCCCAAUGCCUCUUUAUUCUUUUCGGUGUGUAUGGUGAUGUACACAGAGUAAAAAUUCUCUUUAACAAAAAAGAGAAUGCACUUAUUCAGAUGGCUGAUGGGAACCAAGCUCAACUAGCUAUGAGCCAUUUAAAUGGACAAAGACUUCAUGGGAAACCCCUUCGCAUCACUAUGUCAAAGCACCAAACUGUUCAGUUGCCUAGAGAGGGGCAGGAAGACCAGGGAUUAACAAAAGAUUUCACAAACUCUCCUCUCCACCGCUUUAAGAAGCCAGGCUCCAAGAACUUUCAAAACAUCUUUCCACCAUCUGCCACGCUCCACCUCUCUAAUAUACCGCCUGCUGUAAGCGAAGAGGAUAUAAAGCAGCUUUUCUCACAGAAUGGAUGCACCGUGAAAGGCUUUAAGUUCUUCCAGAAAGAUCGUAAAAUGGCUCUUAUUCAAAUGGGGUCUGUUGAAGAGGCUAUAGAAUCUCUCAUUGAACUUCACAACCAUGAUAUGGGAGAGAGCCAUCACCUGAGAGUUUCCUUCUCAAAGUCCACCAUCUGAUUUGGGGAGUGAAGAAAAGUAAAGGACUACCAGCCUUUGUUAUGUCUCUCAAGGGCUCAACUUCCAUCAUUCCAGAUAUAAGCCACUUUACUUGCAGCGCUCAAGUGUCCUUGCAUCCCAGAUUUUUAACUUUUUUUUUUUUUAUAUAUAUAUAUUUUCUUCAAAGCUUUCAUUGUUAGUGAUCCAUAUUGAGGGUAUUAAUUUGUGUGUAUUUUCACAGUACCCUUAAAUGAACUCUGUACUUAUUACUGAGUUUUUGGCAGUUUUUUUUGUUGGGACCAAAUUUUGGCAUACAGGCCCUGGCUUUUUUUCUUUUUCUUUUUUUUUAAAACCUGGAUUUGAAGGGCCAGCUGUAAAUCUAGUUGGCUGACUAGAUCCAUGUAAUGACUGCAGUAUGUUUUGCACAUGUGACCAAUGGGAACAGUUCCUAUCAGCUGAACAUUCUGCUUAUGUGUUUUGUGAUCCAACCUUAAGUCACAAUGUGCUGACCAGCUAUUGCUCUGUGCCUUACAAUCUGAACUUUCUGAUGUUCGCCCGCCGUCAGGUUCUUGGAUGUUUUAUCCAAAGCUGAACAAGUGUUCAAGUAUUGUCUGGACUGUAAACCACAGCAAUCCUUAUCUAUACUAAUAUACUGACCAAAUUUUUCUGGGACCAUGGCACCUUAACAUUGGCUAAUUCCUUGUGUAUAGUUUUUCUUUUGAGUGAUAAAGAUCACGCAUUAGAAGUAGCAAGAAAGAUACUUGCUUUAUCCCUGUUUAAUUACACGGUUGUGUACAUUUUGAUUUCAGUGUAUUCAUUUACUCCCACAUGCCUUAAUGUUCACAGGUUAAAGCAAUGCUGUUCAUGCUUCAAAAUGUCAAGGACCAAAUGAAACUUGCAUGUUCUUGCAUACAGUCUUAAUACUUUUCUGGCCUUUUUGUUAUGCCUUAUUUGAUGCUUUUAUCUGCAUUAAACAACUUGCAGUUUGUAGCACUUAACAUUUUAGUGUGUCAAAGCCUAACUGAUGCACAAAGGGUUACGGUAAAAGCUAUAACUUAAGGUUUGGCUUUUCAUUGGCUACAUACAGACCUCGAGUUGAUUGACACCACCUUGGCACAGUUUAGCUGCAAGUUUCUAAAGUGCCUCUGGUUCAUCCACAUUCACUGGGAUGGAAAUUGUUGGCUGUGAUAGCUCAACUGACUUUUAAGAUUCAUUUGAAAACUCUCUAAUGUGGACAUUGGCUCUGAAACUUAUGACAAUCACAUCAAAACAAAUAUGACUAGUUUAUUUGGAAUUUCUGAAUUCCAUAUUUGCAGACUGACUUCAGCACACUCUGCCUAUGAGUUGUAAAAGGCUGACAUUCCUUGUGUACUGUCUUUUAGUGCCUUCAUUAUUGUCCCUCAGGUGCCUGGUUUUAUAUUGCUUUACUAUUAAAGCACUGCAUAUUAAAUGUCUGUCCUUUUUGCAGUCUAAACACGUGUUCCUGUGCCUUAUUUGGCAUUACAGAACAUUUGCAGUUGCUAUGGGUGAUGUGAUUGUAUGAUAAAGCAAGAUUUGAAAGGGUCACAACUCGAGCUUGGGUUGUAAAGGGAUCAUCAAAGAUUGGCCUUUGACAAAGUAAAAUGGCCAGAAUGAACUUUCUGAUCAAUGAAUGUGUAAUUUUAGGCAAUUGUUUGGAAAAAAUCAUGUUUUUCUGCUGGUGUCCUACAUGGAAAUCUAUUUGAAAUUACUACAGGUCUGCAAACCAGUUAAGCUAUACAAUGUAGGCUGAAGCUUCAUUCAUUGUAAUAACCUAGCAAGGAUUCUGAAAAACCUCCCAGUAUGUCUCAUUGUUCACCCUGUGUAUACUUUUUUUUUUUUUUUUUUAAAUGUACAUAUCUACUCAAAUGCAAAUCUGUAAUACAAUAUUCACUUUUUUUUAUUUAGUGGUAAAUUGUAUAUUUUGAUAAUGUUUCAGACAGAUUUCAGUAUUGCAGGGUGCUGAGAUGACCAGUUAUGAAAGACCCAAAUGUUUGUAUGAAAGGCAAAUUAAAAACUAUUUUAUAAGAAACCUUUAUACUUUUCAGUAGGUGUUCAAUUCAGUUGUAGUUAUCUGUUAUGGGCUCAUAAUAAACACCUUUUUAUUCUUAA